AUGCAGCGGGUGCUCACCGCCGACGAUGUGGCGUGGUGGCGGCUGUGGCGAUCGGGGCUGGUGGCCGGCAUGCCGGGACUCGACAGCGAUGCGGAGGCUGGGACGGUGGCCGAGGCGGUGGCGGGUGUACACGUGGCGGUGCAGGCGCAGAUCCCGUUGGCGUGCAGCCUGGCGGUGUGGAACCGGAUGGUGAGGCCGGCGGUAGAUGCGGUGCCGGCGGCCAAGGUAGCGAUGGCUGCGCUGCGGGAGACGAUGCGAGGCGAGGGCGUGGUGCGGACGUGGGGUCCACGAUGGACGCUGCAUGCCAUGACGGUCCGCGACCUGGCUCUGUAUCUGGCAGCGCGUGGGAGUGGCCACAUCGAGUACCUGUAUCGCCGGGCUGGUUCGAAGAACGGGACGCCUCGAGCCGAGAUUGACCAUGCCAUCGACGCGACAGCAUCGAGAUUGGCGAGUCAUGGGAGCAUGAGCAAGGAUGAGUAUGCCGAGAUGGGCCUGCCGAUGGCUGUCCGAUAUUGGGUGUUUGGCGCUCUCACGUUUAGUGGCCAGGCAGUGAGGGACGAUGUGGGCGACUCGAGCACGCCUGUGCUGCGGCCGAUGCCAGCUGCCUUUGCGGCGUAUUCCUUCGAGCCCGAGGCCGCAUGGCGCGAGCUCCUCUUACGUUACUUUGACGUCUACGGGCCAGCAAGUGAGACCGAUGUGCGCUACUGGCUCGGCGCCAAGCGCGGCGAGACAGCACCGCGGGUGUCGGCCCUGGUGGCAUCGGGCGAGCUGACAUCCGUAAGUGUCACGUCGCGCGAGGACGAGGAGGUGUUCAUCCGCACCAGCGUGCUCGAGGAGCUCGAUGCGCUCCCGCCGCGUGCUGGUGCCGGGGACACGAUGGUCGUUCGGCUGCUCGGCCGGUUCGAGCCGGUCCUCAUCGCGGUCAAGGACAAGAGUGCGUGGAUCGCUCCUGAGCACUACCGCAAGGUCUGGGCGCACACCAAUGUGGCGUCUGUGGUGCUUGUCAACACGCGGCUCGUAGGACGGUGGAAGGUGGUGCGUCGGGCCAAGAUGCUGACAAUAGUGAUCACUGCGUUUGACGCCAAGUGCAUGUGCUCGAUCGAACAGGCGUGGGACGAGGUGCUGGUGCAGGCUGGGGGGCUGGCGAGCGUGUACGGGUUCGCAGACCGCGCGUCAUGGGCUGUCCAACUCGAGUGAGAUGCGCUCUAGCGCAGCUUCUGCGGCGUCUCCCUCCGGCGUGUUGCCGGUGAGAGCUCGAUGGUAAAGCAAGUGGUACAACUGCC